GGUAUCAGACUUUGAAUGGUUCAGAACUUCCCUAUAUAAUUUACUCCGUAUAUACUAGCCGCACCAUCUUCUUGGUCGCUCCACUGCGCGACAAACCUACCGGAGAAGGAAGCCCAAGCCCGCAAACGACUUCGCCGGAGUAUUCGCCGGAGUUCUAAACCAAUUUCCUUCGCCAAUCAGUUAAGUGUAUUUGAGGUCAUGGGAGAACUGGUGAAAGGGACGGUGACGCCACUUUCCUCACUUUUUCCGGCAGAUGAAGCUCGCAAAGCGGUGCAGCGUGUGCAAGACACCAUCACGGAGCGGCAGAAAAUGAUGGACCAACUAAACGACUUUGUUGCUGACAACAAAAGCCUAAUCGAUCUUGUUCAGCGCCUUCCUGACAAACUCCAUCAUGAUGUCAUGGAAAGUUGAUUUAUUCUAUCUAUUUUUCCUAUAAACUUCGAAUAUACUAUGAAUGUGUGAAACAAGUUUUAUUUGUUUGUUUUUGGUAUUUUAGGUUCCAUUUGGGAAGGCUGCAUUUUUUCCUGGUAGAUUGAUUCAUACCAAUGAGUUUAUGGUUCUCCUAGGAGAGAGUUAUUAUGCAGACAGAUCAUCCAAACAAACUACUGAGGUUUUGACCAGGAGGGGUAAGGCUUUGGAGUCCCAAGUUCAAAGUCUAAAGGCUGAACUGCAGGACCUUGAGGCUGAAGUUGCUUUUUUUGAUGCUACCGCUUCUGAGUCAGUGGAGGGUCUUGUGGAGAUCAGAGAAGAGAUUGUUGAGGAAACUUCUUAUGAAAAGUCUGCAUCAGGGGGAUCUGGUAGUUCUUCCAUGGCAGAAAAUGAUACCCAAAAAAAUGAUGACGAAGAAUAUGCUCGCAUAUUAGCCCGGAUUGCUGAACUUGAGAAAGAAGAAGAAGAAGAAGCUGAAAAAGCCAGCGAAAAUAAUGAAGAUGAACGUGAACGCGUCUUAGAUAGAAGUAUUGUGCACCCUACCAUGGAUCAACAAAUUGGAAGUUCAGAGGUGCUUGGCUUAAGUAGCAUGACAAAAGCAGUGAGAUCUUCAGGAACAGAAAUAAAUGAAGCUAGAAUGACAACUUCAAGAAAUCAUGAUCAGUUGAAAGCUGAAGCUUCAAAUGUACAAGUUCUACCUAAAGAUGAGUGCUCACAUGGAGAAUGCCUGACAUUUUGUCAGCCACAUUCAACUGAGGUCAAACCAAAGGAGAAUACAGUUGUGUUGGAAAGCAAGGCAGUUGUAAACAAAACUCAACAACAGUUUGAUGGUGGCAAGGCAUUUACUGGCUCAAUCGUCGAACAUUCACCUAACUUUGAUAUGCAACCAAGAGAGCAGAUCGUUGGUCGCACCUCAAAACCAGUUUCUAGAUUCAAGAUGCAGAGGAAGUGACUGUGUAAGUUACAUUGGGCUAACUGAUAUUCUCCUUCCAUCCAAAAUUAGUUGUCCACGUUCUUGCUUUCGUUUGUCCGGAAUUAGUUGUCCGCUUUUCAUAUUCAAUAAUGUAAUUAUGAUUAAUUGUCAAAGAUAUCCUAGAGAUGGGGUGUUAGCAUUAUUGACAAGAAUGAUUGACAAAUUCAUUUGAAGGAUUAAUUUGAAAUUUUAAUAAAUUUCUUUCCUUUGAAAAUGAGAUUCAUUAGAAUGUGGACAAAAAAAAUCUUGACAUAUUCAUGUACAAGUAUAUAAUUAACCUCCAACAUGUGUCAGGACUCAGGAGAAUGAAUUUUGGACAAUCACCAGUUGUGGAACUUGAUGGUUUUGACGUUCAAAAUACACAAGCUGAAGACUAUCUAGUUGGAUAUUUUAGCCUAUACUCUGUAUAAAAAUAUGAUGUACUAUCUUUUUUGUAUUGGGUUCAAGCAAAUUUUGUUUCAGAUUAAGCUCAUCAUUAGUUCAUGUAAUUUUUUAUCAUUCAGGGAAAAUUUCAAUUCUAAUUUUCUAUGUGUAACAUAACUGGUAAAAAAUAUUUCUUUAAACAAAUUAGUCUCAACAAG